AUGGAUAUUAAACAAAUUGUCAAUUCGAAGACUAAAGGCGCUGCAGCCGCAGUUGCUUCUAUGACAAACGUGAAAACUCAAGAUCUUCAUCUUCACUCUAUUUCACAUGUUCACACUAUCUCCAUGUCGGAUACUGGAUCCGAGCGGGAUAACUCGCCGCACGACUCUGAGCAUUCCAGGUACUCAACGCCAAGGUACGCCAGCCACCUGACCGGAAUCAACGAUAACCCCAAAGGUAUGCGGUAUCCAUCACCAACAUCUAUUCAGCAUCCAGUUCCAAUGCUACAGCAAUCAUAUAGAAAUGAGAACUUUGAGUCUACUAUUGUACCGCAAAAUACGAUAAAUAAUGACGAUGGACGCCGGAUAAAAUCCAUUGCGCAGAAAGCAUUUCCAUGUAGCUCAUGUGGAAAAGGAUUCGCACGAAGGAGUGAUUUGGCAAGACAUGAGCGCAUUCACAGUGGUGUUAGACCUCAUGUAUGUGAGCACCCAAACUGUGGAAAACAGUUUAUUCAAAGAUCAGCCUUGACAGUACAUAUGAGGGUACACACGGGUGAGAAGCCUCAUAUGUGUGAGAGAUGUGGAAAGCCUUUCAGCGAUUCGAGUUCUUUGGCCAGGCAUCGAAGAAUACACUCGGGUAAAAGACCUUACAAGUGUCCUUAUGCAGACUGUCAAAAAACUUUUACCCGCAGAACUACACUUACACGUCAUCAAAACCAUCAUACUGGAACAGUCGAAGAGGCUGCUGUGGCGACAGCUGCUGCAUUAGCAACCCUUGGUGGUAGUACUGCGCGAGGAGCACGAGGACGCUCAGACGGUGAACCCUAUUCCAAUAACGCGUCCCCCUUAUCAACACCAUCGCCAGGUAAACGUGCGCUGUCCGUUUCACCCAACUCUGAACUUGCACCCAUCAGCAACUUAUCUCACCGACAAUCAACCGAAUUCUCAUACAUGAACAAUAGCUCACUUCCAGGACAUUUACGUGGUGACUAUAACUUACAGAAUCAACCCGCUUCUGCUCCUAAUUCUUUCCCCAAUGCUCUACAAGCAAGACCAACCUCACAUCCGACUGGCUACGGCCCACCGCCAGUACUCGAACCUCCCGCAAGUAAUACGACCGAACGUAGGGUUGGUGGAAGCCAAAAUGGGAGUCCCCACAUGAGCAACGAAAGUUGGCAGUCUCCUUCCCACAGCGUGCUCUCUCCAUCCACUAGUAACGGAUUCGUUUAUCCAGACCCCGACCCGUACGGUUCAGGAAAUAUUAAUCAACAAAUCUACUAUCCCAAUUCUAACAUUCGAAGGCCUGGUAGUUCAGAACCAGAUAGUUACGAGAUAAGGCCCCGAAUGAACGAGAUGUGGACGACGGCGCAAUAA